AACUUUGACAUUCCCAGUCCUGCCGGAGCUGAUCACACCAGUGCAAAAUGGAGCAACUAAGAUGCAAAAACAGGAGCUGCCGCAGCACAGCCCAGUCAUGCAGGAGGAUACAGCUGCCAGGAGUGCCAGUCCCCCGACAUGCUCUUCUACUCCUAUACGCCUUCAUAGCAUACACAGCAGAGUCAUCUAAAGUAUUUAUCCUGGGCGAGACCCUCUGUGGUGGAGAACUGGUAGACACGUUGCAAUUCGUGUGUGGCGACCGAGGCUUCUACUUCGGUAAGUCAACCUACAAAAAGAAUAUGGGGCGCUCCAAUCGCAGAGUUAGCAGAGGAAUUGUGGAGGAAUGCUGCUUUCGGAGUUGUGACCUAGAUUUAUUAGAGACAUACUGUGCGAAGCCGGUCAAGAAUGAAAGAGACCUUUCCACCGCACCAGCCACUGCAUUGCCAUCUCUGAAUAAGGAUGUGUACCAUAAGCAUGCUCAUACCAAGCACUCUAAAUAUGACAUCUGGCAAAGAAAGCCCACUCAGAGUCACCGCUUACGAAGAGGGGUCCCAGCCAUUGUCCUCGCACGUCAGUAUCGGCGAUGGGUGAGGCAAAUAGAAGAAUCCCAGCAGUUUUUAUCACAUCGGCCAUUAACAACCUCACCAAUGACACGACUUCGCUCCAAUCAGCAAGACUCAGAGUCCUCCCAUAAUUGAGCUGGGAAUCAUUACUAAGCAGGAUUCCACUGCCUUCAAUUUCUGUUUCUAUGUUCUGUUUGUUUUUCUUCUGUCUUCUCUGAACUGGAGAGAGACCAAGCCAAGCAACAGAGUUGAAGCCUGAAAAGCUCAAUGUGACACUACACAGAAGAGUAAAACGAGCAAACUGAGACACCAAAGCUGGAACAAAAACAACAACAUUGCCUUUUGGUGGGAAUUAUUUCUGUGGAUUUUUGCGUCCUUUUCUGUGUUUUUUUUAUUUUUUUCAAACUGCAGCACGUACAGUAUGUGUGUACGUGAAUAAGUAUGCAAAGACACAACUGUAUUUGCACGCACACAAAUAUGCAUCAUCCUGGCACACUUGGCCUAACUGUGCCAUUAAGGAAAAACAAAAAUGUUUUACCAGUGGAACUAUUCAAAAAUCCAUCCGAAUGAUUACUUUAAGGAUGGAAAGGGGAAAAACGAAACGGAAAAAAAAAAAAAAAAUCCCGCUGUUUCUUACAUCUGGUUUAACAUCUUGACAUUACUUAAUGUUUUUGUUUGUUUUCCUGUAGCAUUUCAACGUCAAUGUCCAAAAUAAUUUUGCACCUUUUUUAUGCCUAAAAAAAAAAAAAAAAAAAUGUAGGGCAUUUUAGGUUUUUUUUAGGGAUUCUUUUUCUCCUACUCCUUUGUGUCACUGAGGCUUCUGCAGCCUUAUUAUUGCAAAGUGCUGCCAUCUUUGGCAUCAAAGGGGUUGAGUACUAGAAUUCCAAAUGUAUUUGCACCUUUUAUUCAUUGAGAACUAAGAGAAAAGAAGGAGGAAGUAGGCAGAUGCCUCUGUUAAGUUGGAGUAGGAGCUCUGUCUGCUUUGCACAUAUGCCACAGAUUACAAUGAUUUUUAUAUUUGUAUAAUAUAUAUAUUAUAUUACUUUUUUGUGAAAAGGAAAAAAAGUCAAGCACUAUUUUUUAUGGAAUUUCCUUUUUUUGUAUAGUGUUGAAAGAAGGGGAUGAGUUAAUGUAAAUAUGAUGUCCUUUGGUGCUAAUGUCACUUAAAGGGGAAGAGCUGGAGUGAGAUUGUAAUGUAGCCUGGGAUUCCUAAAAACUUGCAUUCCAUCAAAUGAAUCCUAUGAAGCUUUCUUUGAAGGAAUCCUCAGCAUUGUAUUACCGUAAGAGAUGAGAACAUACUGAACUUGAAAAAAAUAAUGCUUUUCGUUUUAGGAAAAGUAUACCUUGUUUUUUUUCCCCUCCUCUGAAUUAUAAAGAGGGUAUAAUCUAACACUAAAGCCAUUCACAUGCAUUCAGAUGAACAUAUAAUUCACUGCACCAUUACUCAUUUACCAUAUCCUAGGGGAAAAGGGAAUCAACUGUUUCAUUUUAGUUUGCCAUAGCCAUUAACAACUGGUUCUAGCCUUGUCUCCCAACAUCUGUUUUUAGGGUCAACAUUUGGGUAGAUUUUUGACAGGUCUCAGGCCUAAUAUGUCCUGUUUU